UGCAGAGGAAACUGCAUAAGGAAACUUUGUCAUCUACAUAGCUGUAAACGAAACUUUUUGUCUAUGAACCACACUAAUAGAAAUGAAAGCACUGCAUAAGAAGCCUGGAAGGUGCCCAAAGGACUGGGCAACGUAUCUGUUCACCACAGCCAUACAUUUCUUGCCCAGAAGGAACAGCAAGUUUUUGUGAAGAAUGUUGUCAGAAGGAUACCUCUAUGGAAUUCCUUUCCAUGAUCUUUUGAAUCAUGAGCUUUGUCAGAAAGAAGAAGAGUCUGCAAGGGAGCUGAAGUCUUUGAAUGGGAUCAUCUAUGAAUCAGCAAAGGAAACACAUGACAGAACUUUCUGGAGGUGUCAAUCUGUUGGCAAGUUAAUCUACUCUGUUUGUUCCAAAGAAAACAGAAAUAGUAGAAAACAGAAAGCAACACUGGCACAGAUUAAUGAAAACCCAUUAUUUGAACAACAAACUUCUGCAUCUGUGGACAUCUCCAUGGGAUAUGGUGGAAAUAGAGACACCUACCUGGUUCCACCGUCUUGUAAAAGCAUUUGCAAAAAUUACAAUGACUUGCAUAUUGCUGGUGACCAGGUGCUUCCUAUGAGUUCAGUGAAAAGAGAUUUUACUUAUAAUAAUGGCAUAGGACCAUUCCUAGAAUCAUUUGAGAUUCCACCACCAAUGGAAUCUAUAUCACUUCCACCAGCUGAUAACCCUCCCAAGCCAGUUCAAGGAUAUUCCUCAUGCUGGCGAGUGGCCAGCAUCAUGCAACACCAGCAACCCUUAUCUAAUUCAAUACUGAACAACUACUUAGAGGAGAAAGUAGUAGAAUUGUACAAGCAAUACAUCAUGGAUGGCAUGGGCAGCAGUGCAUCCCCCACCCACAUAUUGGCGUCAGAGUUCAUCAUGACCAAUGUAGAUCAAAUUAGCAUGAAGUUAACACAAGAGAAGAAGAUAAACAGCACCAAGGCCAAAGACAUGGUCAUUAACUGCCUACUACAACUAGCUAGUGGGAAAGUCUCUACUGAAAUGAGCACUCCGAGUCUUCACAUUUCCCAGUUCAGCACCGUCACGAAAUAACACUUGUCCGUGACUCAAAAGCUCUAAAUUUUGGCCAUUGACAAUCAUCAUCGAAAGUCAGUUUAGUUUCUGCCAGGUACAAUAUCCUUUAUUUUUUAGAUGAACUCCUGUUGAAAGAGUUGGCUUGGAGAUCACACAGGGAUGGAAAAAAUUUGAUUCUCCAGAUGUUUUAGAUUAGGAGUUCUUCAGGCUUAUACCACUUGCCAAUUUGGGUUAAGAUAAUGGAGAUUGUGAGUCAAAACAGCAGGUGAAUCAAAUAUCCCUUACAUCCACUAUAAAGAAAUGUUAGUUUCCCCCAAAAGUUACCAUUUCCUGUUUUCUUUCAAUGAUCAUGCAUUCACCUGCAUCUCCCUACAUUUCAUUAACAUUUUCCUGGCACCAUCCUUUCAUUGCCAAUACGAUUUUAGCAUUUCCCAUUUUAUUUGGAUAAUUUACAAAUGUUUUUGUCAAUUCUAUAUAGUAUUACACAAAAGUGUGAGGUGGGAGAUAAAAACAUUAUUACUUCCUUAAUAAUUUGAAUAUAUAUAUUGGACAUCUUUUUCCUACACCAGAGUUAGCAAAUUCCUGUUGACUAGGGAAUUUAAUAUUUCAGAUUUGUUCUGCUUCAUGGGAAAGAUGAACUUGAUAAUUUCAGGGAGAGGCAUGCAUGCAUCUUUCCUGUGCAACUAUAUAAAUUUGUCACAUGAAAUCAUAAAACUGAUGAUUUCAUAUUGAAGAGGCUGCUUUUCAUGUGUUCUUUAGAGCAGUGUCCUUCAAGCCUUGUUCAUAUCUGUGAUAUAUUUGACGGCUUUAAAUAGUGUCACAAUGCAAUCUGAAAAGCUAAGUGUUCUUGUCUCCCAUUAAUAUCAAGCACUUCCUUUUUCCAAGUGUUUACAUUCUGGGCAUAAGCAUUAUGGGGAAUGGCUGUCAUGUGACUCACAAACAAAGCCAUCAUUCUUUCAAAACAGCAAUGUUCAGAAACAUUGUAGGGGUGGGAGAUCUCUCUCUUACUCCAGAUGUUGUUGAAUUCCAACUCCUAGAAACCCUAGAAGCCAUAGGCAAUUACUGGAUAUGAUGGUCUUUAUAGUACACAUUUAUACAGUGCAGCAACAUUGGAUCAGACAUAUGUUCAUCAACCUGUCUUGUUCCAAAAAUAUACUACUCUAUUCCAAAAAUACACAACUCCUACAAAACAUCCCACUCCCCUAAAAUGUUGUUACAUUAACAACAUUGUCUUCACUGAGGAAAUUAUAGGUAAAACUCUGGACAAUCAUGUUGAUUGCUUAUAGAAUGGUUCUGAAUCUUUGACCAUGAAUAUACAUUCAAGAGUACUGGGUGCACUUGAAAUGUGAAAACAUUCAUUACAUUGAGUUGAAAAUUAUUAAUAUUAUUCCCACAUCUCUGUCCCAGAUGAAAUAGAGUAUAUUAUUUUUAGGGCAGGAACAAAAUUACUUUCUAAUGAUUCUAUAUUUUUUCUGUGGUAUUUGUAUAAGAGGCAAUGAAUUUGAUGCCAGCCUCUGUUAAAUACAUUACAAGAGUCAUUACACCACGGAUACAUUUAAAGGAUAUUAUAAGUGUUUAAAGAGUAACAGCAGUUUCAAGAAGAUAAGACAGUUUUAGACAAUUUAUAUUCUAACUGUCAUGAACUGUGAAUUUAAGUUUUUUGUUGACCUUGUGUCUGUAGUCUGAUUGUAAAGGUGAGAUCAGCUGCAUACAAGAAAUCUCUAGCUCUUCAUGAUGGAUUUAGAUCAUUUCCCUGACAGAGAUGCCUUUGAGCAGUUAAACUGCAUUAUAUGAGUCUACACUGACCAUAAAAUGCAAUUUCAAAUUGUAUGAUAUGGCAGUGUAAAUGGGGCCCAAUUCACAUUCCUCUCAUAUUGAGCAGGAUUACUAGCACAAUGACAUUUCACCAGCAGGGUAAAACUAACCUGUCUCACACAGAUCUAAACCCAGUUCAUGUUCCCUACAGAUAAAUAAUUCUUCCAAUUGCUGAUUUUAUGAGAAAAGAUGAAUGGAAAAAGCCCCCUGCAAGGAGUCCUCUGUGAGUGGGAGCAUCUAAUCAAGGAAUUAACCAAAAGCAGCAACUCUUUGCUGUUAUGUUAAAUUUCCCACAAUGGCCUGGAAAAGUGUAAUGUCAAGUGCUCUGGACUUUGUAUGGAAUAUAAUAUUGUGGGUUACCACUAUACGGCUCAGGUCCUGCUUAUUUAUGUGACCGCAUCUCCUCAUCUCAACCUGUCUAGACUUUAAAAUCAGCUAAGGAGGCCCUCCUCUCAGUCCCACCUCUUUCACAAGCAAUGUUGGUGGGGAUGAAGGAGAAGGCCUUCUCAGUAGUGCCCCACUUCCCGACUCUGGAAUGCUCUCUCCAAGGAAAUAAGACAAGCACCCACCUUGUUAAUCUUUAGGAAAGAGCU